UUAAACAUGACCUCCAAACCUGCUGGUAGAACCAUCUUAGCUUCGACUAUUGCUAAACCAUUUACUGAAGAAAUCACUAAGACUGUGGAGUCUCUUCUGUACACUCCAAAGUUGGUUGGUCUUUUAGCAAAUGAUGACCCUGCUGCUGCCAUGUAUGCUUCUUGGACAGGGAAGACUUGUGAACUGUUAGGAUUCAAAUAUGAAUUGCAAAAAGUUGACAAAAACGAAUUGGAAGCUGCCCUUAUAAGAGCCAACAAGGACUCAGAAACCCAUGGUAUUAUGGUUUAUUUCCCAGUUUUUGGUGACAAGCAAGAUCAAUAUCUUCAACAAUUAAUCUCUCCAGAAAAGGAUGUGGAAGGAUUGAACUUUAUGUAUUACCAUAAUCUUUAUCAUAAUGUUAGAUUUUUGGAUCCUCCUAAUAACGAGCAAAAGCUGAUCUUACCAUGUACUCCACUUGCUAUGGUUAAAAUUUUGGAAUACUUGGGAGUAUAUAAUACUCUUCUUCAUUACGGAAAUAGACUUUAUGGUAAAAAAGUUUUAAUUGUGAAUAGAUCAGAAAUUGUCGGUAGACCAUUGGCUGCACUUUUGGCCAAUGAUGGAGCAACUGUUUAUUCAGUUGAUAUUAAUAACAUUCAGCAAUACACCAGAGGUGAUGAUUUGCUGGAACAACGCCACAAAGUGAUCGAGUUAAAUGGUGACGAUAUCUCCAUAGAAUCGUUAGCACCAACUUGUGAUGUUAUCAUCACUGGUGUUCCCCUGGAAAACUACAAGUUCCCAACCGAACAUGUUUCUAACGGAGCUGUAGUGAUAAACUUUGCUAGUGCAAAGAACUUCAAUGAUGACAUCAAGCAAAAGGCUGGACUUUAUGUUCCCUCAAUUGGGAAGGUUACAAUUUCAAUGUUAUUGAGAAAUUUGUUGAGGUUGAUUGACAACAAGAAGGUUAGAGAAGAAGCCAAAUAA